GUCCGGUGUCUUCUGGGACACAUGACAGGUCCCAAAAGACGCUAGGCCAUUCGCAAAGCACAGCGCUUCUCGCGCAUGCGCAGUGGGCACCCGGCUGUCAAAGGUCCGCAGUGUCUGGUCAUGCCCUGUACUGUCUGCAGUCUCUGGUCAUCCCCUGUACUGUCCGCAGUCUCUGGUCAUCUCCUGUACUGUCCGCAGUCUCUGGUCAUCUCCUAUACUGUCCGCAGUCUCUGGUCAUCCCCUGUACUGUCUGCAGUCUCUGGUCAUCUCCUGUACUGUGUCCACAGUCUCUGGUCCAUCUCCUGUACUGUGUCCGCAGUCUCUGGUCAUCUCCUGUACUAUGUCUGCAGUCUCUGGUCAUCUCCUGUACUGUGUCCGCAGUCUCCGGUCAUCUCCUGUACUGUGUCCGCAGUCUCUGGUCAUCUCCUGUACUGUGUCCGCAGUCUCUGGUCAUCUCCUGUACUAUGUCUGCAG